UACGUUCCGGGGAUUAUGACGUCGACGCCUCCCCCCCCACAACUGCUGAAAAUGGUUUCCUAGGACUUUGCAAACGGAUCUGCUUUAAGUGUCGGUGCAAAACUUUGUAGAUCUCCGCUCUGGCGUGCUUUAUUUAUUUAUUUUCCGGUUUGUUUUCUUUUGGGCUUCCCUCCUCCCCCCUUCCGCCAAAAUGCAGGGGGCAGGAGUGUUGACAAUUAAUUGGUGAACUCUCCUAAAAAAAUGGAGGCAGUGAAAGACUCUGGAAGAAGAUUGCGCCCGAUUGACCGCCAGAGAUACGACGAGAACGAGGACCUGUCGGACGUGGAGGAGAUCGUCAGCGUCCGCGGCUUCAGCCUGGAGGAGAAGCUGCGCAGCCAGCUCUACCAGGGGGACUUCGUGCACGCCAUGGAGGGCAAAGAUUUCAACUAUGAGUACGUGCAGCGAGAAGCCCUCAGGGUCCCUCUGAUAUUUCGCGAGAAGGAUGGACUGGGGAUUAAGAUGCCCGACCCUGAUUUCUCUGUCCGAGAUGUCAAACUCCUGGUGGGGAGCCGGCGGCUGGUGGACGUGAUGGACGUGAACACGCAGAAGGGCACGGAGAUGAGCCUGUCGCAGUUCGUGCGCUACUACGAGACGCCCGAGGCCCAGCGCGACAAACUCUACAACGUCAUCAGCCUGGAGUUCAGCCACACCAAGCUGGAGCACUUGGUCAAGAGGCCGACUGUGGUGGAUCUGGUGGAUUGGGUGGACAACAUGUGGCCCCAGCACCUUAAGGAGAAGCAGACGGAAGCCACCAACGCCCUGGCCGAGAUGAAGUACCCCAAAGUGAAGAAGUACUGUCUGAUGAGCGUGAAGGGCUGUUUCACCGACUUCCACAUCGACUUCGGCGGGACGUCUGUGUGGUACCAUGUGCUCCGGGGAGGGAAGAUCUUCUGGCUGAUCCCCCCGACCCUGCACAACUUGGCGCUGUACGAGGAGUGGGUGCUGUCGGGCAAGCAGAGUGACAUCUUCCUGGGGGACCGCGUGGAGCGCUGCCAGAGGAUCGAGCUGAAGCAGGGCCACACGUUCUUCAUCCCUUCCGGUUGGAUCCAUGCGGUCUACACCCCCGUAGACUCCCUGGUGUUCGGCGGAAACAUCCUGCACAGCUUCAACGUGCCCAUGCAGCUGCGCAUCUACGAGAUCGAGGACAGGACGCGGGUGCAGCCCAAAUUCCGUUACCCCUUCUACUAUGAGAUGUGCUGGUAUGUCCUGGAGCGCUACGUGUACUGUGUGACGCAGCGGUCCCACCUCACCCAGGAGUACCAGAGAGAGUCCAUGCUGAUCGAUGCCCCACGAAAGGCCAGUGUAGACGGCUUCUCAUCCGAUUCCUGGCUGGAGAUGGAGGAGGCGUCCUGCGAGCACCAGCCCCAGGAGGAGAAAGAGGAGGAGGAGGAGGAGGAGGAGGAAGAGGAGGGGGAGGGCGCAGACCGGGCCCCCAAGCAUCCUGCCGAUGGCCGCGCCUCGCCCUCCAGCAGCCCCUCCGAGGACCAGGAGGCCCCAGGGAAGAAGCCCAAAGCCUCGGCCCUGCGCCUCCUCAAGAGGACUCUGUCCACCGAGUCGGAGGAGAGCUUGCGGUCCCCUGCAGCCGCCGACGGCCCCAGGACGCCCGCGGGCUCUCCGGUGCCCGAGGUGGCUGCCCGCUGGGCCCACCUCACCGAGUUCGAGCUGAAGGGGCUGAAAGCGCUGGUGGAGAAGCUGGAAUCCCUCCCUGAGAACAAGAAGUGCGUCCCCGAGGGCAUCGAGGACCCCCAGGCCCUCCUGGAGGGCGUCAAGAAUGUCCUGAAGGAGCACGCGGACGAUGACCCCAAUCUGGCCAUCACGGGGGUCCCCGUAGUCACUUGGCCAAAGAAGACUCCAAAGAACCGAGCGGUGGGUCGGCCCAAGGGGAAGCUGGGCCCGGCCUCCGCCGUGAAGUUGGCCGCCAACCGGACGACGGCGGGAGCUCGCCGGCGCCGGACGCGAUGCCGCAAGUGCGAGGCCUGCCUGCGGACGGAGUGCGGAGAGUGCCACUUCUGCAAGGACAUGAAGAAGUUCGGGGGCCCCGGGCGCAUGAAGCAGAGCUGCAUCAUGCGGCAGUGCAUUGCGCCGGUGCUGCCCCACACCGCCGUGUGCCUGGUGUGCGGCGAGGCUGGGAAGGAGGACACAGUGGAGGAGGAGGAAGGCAAGUUCAACCUCAUGCUCAUGGAGUGCUCCAUCUGCAACGAGAUCAUCCACCCCGGAUGCCUUAAGAUUAAGGAGUCGGAGGGCGUGGUCAACGAUGAGCUUCCCAACUGCUGGGAGUGUCCGAAGUGCAACCACGCCGGCAAGACCGGGAAAGCCUACAAGCAAAAGCGUGGCCCUGGCUUUAAGUAUGCCUCCAACCUGCCGGGCUCCCUGCUCAAGGAGCAGAAGAUGAACCGGGACAACAAGGAAGGGCAGGAGCCUGCCAAGCGCAGGAGCGAGUGUGAGGAGGCGCCCCGGCGCCGGUCAGACGAGCACCCCAAGAAGGUGCCCCCUGACGGCAUCCUCCGCCGGAAGUCGGAUGAUGUGCAUCUGAGGAGGAAGCGGAAAUACGAGAAGCCCCCAGAGCUCAGUGGACGCAAGCGAGCCUCGACGCUUCAAACGUCCCCCGGUUCCUCUCACCUCUCGCCGAGGCCCCCUCUAGGCAGCAGCCUCAGCCCCUGGUGGAGAUCCAGUCUCACUUACUUCCAGCAGCAGCUAAAGCCUGGCAAAGAGGAUAAGCUUUUCAGGAAAAAGCGGCGAUCCUGGAAGAACACGGAAGACCGGAUGGCCCUGUCCAAGCCCAUCAGGCGCUUCAAGCAGGAGCCCGAAGAUGAUCUGCCGGAGGCCCCCCCAAAGACCAGGGAGAGCGACCACUCCCGCUCCAGCUCCCCCACGGCUGGGCCGAGCACCGAGGGGGCCGAGGGCCCCGAAGAGAAGAAGAAAGUGAAGAUGCGUCGGAAGCGGAGGCUUCCCAACAAGGAGCUGAGCAAGGAGCUGAGCAAGGAGCUGAACCAGGAGAUCCAGAAGACGGAGAACAGCCUGGCCAGCGAGAACCACCAGCCCAUCAAGUCGGAGCCCGAGAGCGAGAGCGAGGAGCCCAAGCAGCUGCUGGGCCUCUGCGAGCGCCCCCACCGCUUCAGCAAGGGGCUCAACGGCACCCCGAGGGAGCUGCGGCACCAGCUGGGGCCCGGCCUGCGCAGCCCCCCUCGGCUCAUCUCCCGGCCCCCGCCCUCGAUGUCCCCGCCCAAGUGCAUCCAGAUGGAGCGACACGUGAUCCGGCCGCCCCCCAUCAGCCCCCCGCCUGACUCGCUGCCCCUGGACGAUGGGGCCGCGCACGUCAUGCACAGGGAGGUGUGGAUGGCCGUCUUCAGCUACCUCAGCCACCAAGACCUGUGUGUCUGCAUGCGGGUCUGCAGGACCUGGAACCGCUGGUGCUGUGAUAAGCGGUUGUGGACGCGCAUCGACCUGAACCACUGCAAGUCCAUCACGCCACUGCUGCUGAGCGGCGUCAUCCGGCGGCAGCCCGUCGCGCUGGACCUCAGCUGGACCAAUAUCUCCAAGAAGCAGCUGAGCUGGCUCAUCAACCGGCUGCCCGGGCUUCGAGACUUGGUGCUGUCAGGUUGCUCGUGGGUGGCCGUCUCUGCGCUCUGUAGCGCCAGUUGUCCUCUGCUCCGCACCCUGGAUGUCCAGUGGGUGGAAGGACUGAAGGACGCCCAGAUGCGGGAUUUGUUGUCCCCUCCUACUGAUAACCGGCCAGGUCAGAUGGACAAUCGGAGCAAGCUCCGGAACAUCGUGGAGCUGCGGCUGGCGGGCCUGGACAUCACCGACGCCUCCCUGCGGCUCAUCAUCCGCCACAUGCCCCUGCUCUCCAAGCUCCAGCUCAGCUACUGUAACCACGUGACCGACCAGUCCGUUAACCUGCUCACUGCCGUGGGCACCACCACCCGAGACUCCUUAACUGAAAUCAACCUGUCAGACUGCAAUAAGGUUACUGAUCAGUGCCUGUCCUACUUCAAACGCUGUGGAAAUAUCUGUCAUAUUGACUUGAGGUACUGCAAGCAAGUUACCAAGGAAGGCUGUGAGCAGUUCAUAGCCGAAAUGUCUGUGAGUGUUCAGUUUGGACAAGUGGAAGAAAAACUGCUACAAAAACUGAGUUAGUCCAAGGACAAGUAUGUAAAUAUGGCCGGGGGUAGGGGAGGGUCCUGGCAGGGAAGACAAAACACUUUACAAAAACUAGGGCUUUUAUUUUCAAUUUGGAACUUGGAAUGACAAGGGAGAAGCCAUUGCACCACCUUUUGCGGCUGAGUAAGCUGGACAUUUUCCUUUGGUCUUUGGGAAUCGUUACUGCACUGCUUUUUGGACUAUUUCUAAGGCAGCCUUUACCGAGAAGACAUUCCCAUUGGAGAGGAGGAUGGACUAUGGAGAAAUUUUCCUAUUGAAGCAUGAGCUUACGGAGUGUGUGGUGGUGGGGUUUGGACACCUCAUUCCUUGCAACUCCAGGGUUUUUGGUGUCACCAUAACGUGGACCACGUGCCACAUCUGCAGCUGUUUUGACAUUUUCUGUUUGUUUGGUUUUGUUACAUCUUACAUUAUGCAGAACUAUUUUUGUAUAAAUUGUUUGAAAGUUAUUUAUGCAAGAUUUGAAUGCAUACCAGUGUUUUUAUUGUUUAGAGAUUGCCAACUUUCCUGAUUUUCUUGAGAUAGGAGAGAACUUAACUUGUACUUCAACACAUGUGCCCAGGUCUGGCGGAGCAGGCUAAGACCUUCUGGUUAAAAGCAUGUUUAACUGGAAGUGAGAGUCUGUUUUGUAAGUUGAAUUACAUAAGCAUGUUGUGGAUAUUUGUAAAUUAGAGUCAAAGUAAGAUCCUUUGCCAAGUUUUCUCUGUAUAGAAUUCACCUUUUUCUCAAAAUUUUAAAAUUCAGACUUCAGCCUUUGUACUCAGGAGGAGUUUGGUCCAGCAUGAGCUCUUGUACUCCAUAUAGAUCUAAUUUAUACUGUGAGUCAAGAAGUAGAAUAAAUGAUCCAACAUA